GCGAAGUGGGAAGAUGGCGGAAUCCAGGAACUGAGAGGCGUGUGUUUCUUUGUAUAGGGAAAGGAAUAGGAUAAGAAGAUGAUGAAAGUGGUCAACCUCAAGCAAGCCAUCCUCCAUGCUUGGAAAGAAAGGUGGAGUGAUUACCAGUGGGCCAUAAACAUGAAGAAAUUCUUCCCCAAGGGGACCACGUGGGACAUUCUGAAUUUAGCAGAAGCACUUCUUGAACAAGCCAUGACUGGCCUAGCGCCAAACCCACUGAUCCUGUCCUACCUGAAAUAUGCCAUCAGUUCCCAGAUGGUGUCGUCCUCUAGUGUUCUGAUGGCCAUCAGCAAGUUUGAUGACUUCUCCCGAAGCUUCUGUGUUCAGGCGUUGCUGGGAAUUAUGGACAUGUUCUGUGAUCGGCUCAGCUGCCAUGGCAAGGCAGAAGAAUGUAUUGGCCUCUGCCGUGCUCUGGUAAAUAUUCUCAAUUGGAUGCUCCGCUGUGCUACUUUCUACACAGAGAAGAUGAAAGAGCCACUGGAGCAAGGCGUUGCAGAGAACCAACUCAAGAUGUGCCUGGACCGACUUGUCAAGAUCCUGUCCAGCACCAAGAACAGGGCUCUGAUUCAUAUAGCGAAGCUGGAAGAGACACCUUCUUGGAAUCCAGUUGAACAGUCGCUUGCUAAGUUAGCAGAAAAUUUGGGGCACAUCAGCAACAAUCAGUUGAGAAACCAAGCUGAAGAGUGCAUCAGUCUUGUCAAGACUAUCCCCUCCAUGCUCUCAGUGCAUUCAGAACAACCGAACAAAACUGGUUUCCCUACCGUCCAUGCGGUGGUGCUUCUUGAAGGGACAAUGAACUUGACUGGAGAUCCGCAUCCAUUGGUAGAACAGCUCAUGAUGGUUAAAAGAAUGCAGCACAUCCCAACCCCACUUUUCAUUCUGGAAAUCUGGAAAGCAUGCUUUGUGGGGCUGAUUGAGUCUCCUGAAGGCACAGAGGAGCUGAAAUGGACAGCCUUCACUUUCCUUAAGAUUCCACAAGUACUGGUGAAAUUGAAAAAAUAUCCCCAAGGAGAAAAGGAUUUCACAGAAGAUGUGAAUUGUGCCUUUGAGUUCCUCCUGAAGCUGACCCCACUGCUGGACAAGGCUGAUCAACGCUGCAACUGUGAUUGCAUAAGUCUCCUCCUUCAGGAAUGUAGCAAACAAGGCCUGCUCUCUGAACCCAACAUGAAUAACCUUACAGACAAAAGGACUGCUGAUCGAGAACAUGCCCCACGCUUAAAAUCUGCAGAGAAUGCUAAUAUCCAGCCCAACCCAAGCCUCAUCCUGCGGGCAGAGCCCACUGUCACCAAUAUCCUCAAAACAAUGGAUUCAGACCACUCAAAAUCCCCAGAAGGGCUGUUGGGCGUUUUGGGACAUAUGCUGUCUGGGAAGAGCUUGGAUCUCUUGUUGGCAGCUGCAGCAGCUACAGGAAAGCUGAAAUCCUUUGCUCGGAAAUUCAUCAAGCUCAAUGAAUUUACCAAACACAUCAGUGGUGAAGGCUCCAAAGCAGCUUCAGUCAGAGCGCUUCUCUUUGACAUCUCCUUCCUUAUGCUGUGUCAUGUUGCUCAGACAUAUGGCUCUGAGGUGAUCCUUUCGGAAGCUGGACCUCCAGGAGAAGUGCCUUUCUUUGAGAUCUGGAUGCAGAACUGCAUGCCAGAAGAAGGGAAGAUCCUCAAUCCUGACCAUCCUUGCUUCCGGCCUGAUUCCACCAAGGUGGAAUCAUUAGUGGCUUUGCUUAACAAUUCCUCCGAAAUGAAGUUGGUACAGAUGAAAUGGCAAGAAGCAUGUAUGAGCAUCUCUGCAGCCAUCCUGGAGAUCCUGAAUGCCUGGGAGAAUGGAGUUCUCACCUUUGAAUCAGUCCAGAAAAUUACAGAUAACAUCAAGGGCAAAGUAUGCAGCAUGGCUGUAUGUGCAGUGGCCUGGCUCGUGGCCCAUGUCCGCAUGUUGGGCUUGGAUGAGAGGGAGAAAUCAUUGCAGAUGAUCCGGCAGUUGGGAACACCCCUGUAUGGCGAGAACACCCUUCAGUUCUACAGUGAAAGGGUACUUAUCAUGAGUUCGAUCCUUGAGCACAUGUGUGCUGAUGUUGUACAACAGACAGCUGCACAGAUCAAGUUCCCGGCCACUGGAGCAGACCCCAUGCCCUACUGGAACCUCCUCCCACCCAAGAAGCCUAUUAAAGAGGUGCUGACGAGUGUCUUUUCCAAAGUGCUAGAAAAAGGCUGGGUGGACAGCCGCUCCAUCCACAUCUUUGACACGCUUUUGCACAUGGGCGGGGUCUACUGGUUCUGUAACAACCUUGUCAAGGAACUCCUGAAAGAGACACGGAAAGAACAUGCGAUGCGGGCUGUGGAGUUGCUGUAUUCAAUUUUUUGCUUGGAUAUGCAGCAAUUGACACUCACCCUGCUGGGCCACAUCCUUCCCAAUCUCCUCACAGACUCCUCCAAGUGGCAUAUGUUGAUGGACCCUCCUGGCAAGGCUCUUGCCAAGUUGUCUGUAUGGUGUGCCUCCAGUUCCUACACCUCCCACAAUCGAGGACAGAUGUCUGCUUGGCAACGCAAGAGGCACCGAGAAGAUAUAGAAGAUUACAUCAGCCUCUUCCCUCUGGAUGACACACAGCCAUCCAAGCUCAUGCGUCUGCUCAGCUCCAAUGAGGAAGACACCACCAUCCUGUCCAGCCCCAGUAAGUGGAAUCACGCAGACCGCACCAUGAGCAGUUCAUUGUCUGCUUCGCAGCUCCACACAGUCAGCAUGAGAGAUCCUCUCAACAGAGUACUAGCCAACCUCUUCCUCCUGAUUGCCUCCAUCUUGGGAGCCAAGACGGCUGGGACGCACACACAGUUUGUCCAGUGGUUCAUGGAAGAGUGUGUGGAUUGCUUGGAACAGGGAAGCCGUGGCAGCAUCCUACAGUUCAUGCCUUUUACCAUGGUCUCGGAGUUGGUGAAAGCGUCCACAAUGUCCAGCCCCAAAAUCGUGUUGGCCAUCACAGACCUCAGCUUGCCUUUGGGCCGCAGAGUGGCUGCCAAAGCUAUUGCUGCCUUAUGAGCCUCCCAUGGACAGAACUCUAUGAAUUCGGGCACUGUUUUAAAGUUGCCACGUGGCUUCUGUGAACUGCACUGCAGCAGACAAAGAUCAGUGAGGGAAGAUUAUGAAUUGGUCUCAGUUUCUCCUAUGAAGUCCUUUCAGUCAGACUUAGACUCGCAAUGGAUGGUUGUUAUCCCCAGCUUUAUUGUUCUUCAUAAACAAUAUCACUGCUUCUUGACAUCAUGACAUUUUUCAGAAUGUGUCUACUAAUGUUAAGUUAUUAUUUCUCGUUGAGUUUUCCUGUUUAUCAUUCUGUUACAUGUAUUGUUAAAACAUGUCUCCAAAGCGUCAUUUUUAGUUGAUAUUUUAUCAGUAGUGAUCAAAAUGAUUGAAGAACUGCCAUUUAAAAGCAUCACAAUAGCUUUUUUUUCAAUAAGAGGCUGCAUUUCGCAAGGUGACCAUGAUAAUCUAAUGGGCUGUCAAUUUUCUUUGCCUUUUUGUAUAUAGCUAUUUUUUGUGAAGUGAUUAUAUUUUAUAAAUUUCUAAAUUUAUAA